UUCUUCUCUUUUUCUUUCGUCUCAAUGUCGGCAAACACCAUGGCUGUCAACAGAAUAACUGCCUCCUCCGCUCCACCGCCGCCCAAGACAUCCUUAACGUCGCAACCUACACCUACUUCCUUGCCGCUCCGUUCAAUUCCCGGUAGCUACGGCUUGCCGCUGCUAGGACCAUUAGUUGACCGCCUUAACUACUCCUGGUUCCAAGGACCACAGACGUUCUUCAAGAAGCAGAUAGAGAAGAAUCAGAGCACGGUGUUCCGAACAAACGUUCCGCCGUCGUUUCCGUUUUUUCUCGUGAAUCCGAACGUCGUUGCAGUGUUGGAUUGCAAAUCCUUUGCUCAUAUGUUCGAUAUGGAAAUUAUAGAGAAGAAGAACAUUCUCGUCGGUGAUUUCAUGCCUAGCACUAAAUUCACCGGCGAUCGGCGUGUUUGUGCUUAUCUCGAUCCAUCUGAACCUAAACAUCAACAGCUAAAGAACUUCACAAUGGACAUGCUGAAACGGAGCUCCACCGUCUGGAUCCCGACCCUAACCAGCCUGCUAGACACCAUGUGGGAUAACAUUGAAUCACAACUCGCCUCUGGACCAGUCAGCUACGUCGUCCCCAUUCAGAAAUUCCACUUUGCCUUCUUAUCUCGCUGUAUCGCCGGAGCCGAUCCCCAAAACUCGCCGGAUAUGGCCGAGAAUGGUUACUUAUAUAUGGAUCGGUGGCUCGCGCUUCAGAUCCUUCCCACCGUCCCAAUCAACGCCUUCCAGCCACUAGUCGAGAUCUUCCUGCAUUCCUUCCCUUACCCUUACUUCCUUGUGAGUCGGGAUUAUAACAAGCUCUACGAAUUCAUCCAGAAAGAGGGCAAAGAAGUAAUUGAACGAGGACAAACCGAGUUCAAUCUCAGCAGAGAAGACGCCAUCCAUAAUCUCUUGUUCACCCUCGGUUUCAAUGCCUUUGGCGGAUUCUUGAUCUUUUUCCUAAGUUUGUUAUCCACAUUGGAGUCCGACAAAACCGGUGUUCAAGAAAAACUACGUAACGAAGUGAGAGAAAAAGCCGGUAGCUCGGGGUUGAGCUUCGGGACUGUAAAAGAAAUGGAACUUGUUCAAUCAUUUGUUUACGAGACGCUGAGGCUCAACCCGCCCGUACCGUUACAGUACGGGCGAGCAAGGAAGGAUUUCGAGUUGAGUUCUCAUGACUCGGUUUUCGAGGUGAAAAAAGGCGAGCUUCUUUGUGGGUUCCAACCGCUAGUGAUGAAAGAUCCGAACGUGUUUGAUGACCCGGAAACAUUUGUGGCGGACCGGUUCACCAAGGAGAAGGGUAAAGAGUUGUUGAAUUAUUUGUAUUGGUCGAACGGGCCGCAAACCGGGGAGACAAGUGCGUCGAACAAGCAGUGUGCCGCGAAAGACUUUGUUCCGCUCACGGCUGCGUUGUUUCUGGCACACUUGUUUCUCAGGUACGACUCGGUAACGAUAGCGGGUACUUCAUUCUCGGCCGUCGAAAAAGCAAAGAACUGAGUUGUCUAACUAUACUCAUACGAGGACAUGUCUACGAAAGUAUUGUUCCAGCAAGACCGGUGAAUACGAUUUGUGUUUCUCGAGUACUUGGUUGUUAAUUACAAACAUCGUGUCGCAGACCGUUAUUCGUUAUCCGUUAUCCCAAAUAAAAACCGGCAAAUCAUGAUGCACCGACGAUAGAUAUGAUUUUUUAGUAGAUGAUGUUUUUUACUUAAUACAGUCGAUUGUCGAGUAUAAAUGUAUGAUACAAUUAUACAUCAGAAGCAACCGACAUUAAAUUUGG